UGGACCAGGAAGUACUUUCCACUCCUCUUGCAGCAAUUGACACUGGUGAUCGCCUGCUUGCUAUGCCCUUGUUAGCCAUGCAGCUAACCUAAGUGCCACAUUUGGAAAGAUGAAUUGAAACUUAUAUCGGAAAGAGAUCUGAUAGACACCUAUAUAUUCCAUUAGAGCCAAUAGCAGGAUGUUACGAGCCGGUGGUGUAGUAACCUGCAUUGCCUGCAAGAAUCUGCUUCCCUCCAGAAUGGGGGUGAAGUUCAGAGUUCCGUUGCAGAAACUGCACCCACUUUCUCGUUCCAUCCAUCACCGCUACUCUGCUAACAACAAUCCACAAAGACCACCUCACUGCUCAGCUGCCCGCCAUUACACGUCUCUCUCCAGGCUUCCCAUGCGUCCUCCCAAAUCCCGGUCAGGAGGACAUGGCUAUCAACAACACCGGACCUUCUGGGUGGCCCGACUUGCUGCCAGACUGUUGAAACUGAGGUACAUCUUGCUUGGCUCAGCAGUUGGAGGUGGAUAUACAGCAAAAAAGACUUACGAUGAAUGGAAAGAAAUGCUUCCUGAUAUGAGCCAAUACACAUGGAUUGUGCCAGACUUCAUUUGGGAGCUGAGUGAAAAUAUCGAUUUAGACAAGCUCGCCAAGGCUUUGCCUGAACUAGAAGAGAUAGCCAAACUACUACCUGAUAUGGAAAAGGUCGGAGAGAACUUCACUUUCCUGAAGAGCCUCCUCUCCAGCGGUUUGGGUAGUGAAGUCAAUGGAGCUUCUGGUCUGCGUCUGUUAUUAGAAACCACAGGUGAUUCAGCCCUGAGAGCACCAGAUAUCCCACCAACAUCUGCAGCCAUGUCUGACAGCAGUGAUAAACAGUUCAAGAAGCAGGGGCUGCUCAGCGAGCUCAUUCUCAUUCAGCAGCAGAUCCAGCAGCACGAGGAGGAGAUGCGGCGGGCGGCAGCCAAUAAUGCUCCGCCUCCGCCGCUUGAACCCAGUCCCAGCCCGGCCCCGAACCCCAGCCCCUCGCAGUCCAAACGCAAGUCAUCUGAUAAAGAAAGAAUCGACCAGCUUCAGGAAGAACUUCUUCGAACUCAGAUGAAGUACCAACGGAUGCUGGAGCGUCUGGAAAAGGAGAAUAAGGAACUGAGGAAAGUCGUUUUACAGAAAGAUGACAAGGGGAUUCACCAAAGAAAAGUCAAGAAGUCUUUGAUUGAUAUGUACUCUGAGGUCCUGGACAUUCUCUCAGAUUAUGACUCCAACUACAAUACUCAAGAUCACCUGCCAAGGGUGGUGGUGGUCGGAGACCAGAGUGCAGGAAAGACUAGUGUGUUGGAGAUGAUAGCUCAAGCUAGAAUCUUUCCCAGAGGCUCUGGAGAAAUGAUGACCAGGUCUCCUGUCAAGGUGACAUUGAGUGAAGGCCCUCACCAUGUAGCAAUGUUCAAAGACAGCACUCGUGAGUUUGACCUUGGGAAAGAGGAGGAUCUUGCAGCAUUGAGGCACGAGAUUGAACUCCGGAUGAGGAAGAGUGUGAAGGAAGGCCAAACAGUCAGCCCUGAGACCAUUUCUUUAAGUGUAAAGGGCCCAGGAAUCCAGAGAAUGGUGCUUGUUGACUUGCCUGGGGUUAUCAGUACUGUGACGGCCGGCAUGGCUGCUGACACAAAGGAAACCAUUUUUAGCAUUAGUAAAGCCUACAUGCAGAAUCCAAAUGCCAUCAUCCUCUGCAUUCAGGAUGGCUCAGUAGAUGCAGAGCGUAGUAUAGUCACUGAUCUUGUCAGUCAGAUGGACCCUCAGGGCAAAAGGACCAUCUUUGUUCUUACCAAGGUUGACAUGGCUGAAAAGAACCUAGCUAGUCCAAGCAGAAUCCAGCAAAUAGUUGAAGGCAAAUUAUUCCCAAUGAAGGCUUUGGGCUACUUUGCAGUAGUAACCGGCAAAGGCAGUACUAAUGAGAGCAUAGACUCCAUCAAAGACUACGAAGAGGACUUCUUCCAAACAUCAAGACUGCUGAGGGAUGGCAUGUUGAAAGCUCAUCAGGUGACCACAAAGAACCUGAGUCUUGCUGUGUCAGACUGCUUCUGGAAGAUGGUGAGAGAGUCAGUAGAACAACAAGCAGAUGCCUUCAAAGCAUCUCGAUUUAACCUGGAGACUGAGUGGAAGAACAACUAUCCUCGCUUACGAGAGCUGGACAGGAAUGAGCUCUAUGAGAAGGCCAAAAAUGAGAUCUUGGAUGAGGUGAUCAGCUUGAGUCAAGUUACACCAAAACACUGGGAGUCCAUCUUACAGAAAAAGCUUUGGGAAAGGGUCUCGACACACGUUAUUGAGAACAUCUACCUGCCUGCUGCCCAGACCAUGAACUCGGGCACUUUCAACACCACUGUAGACAUCAAACUCAAGCAGUGGACUGAUAAACAACUUCCUCAUAAAGCGCUAGAGGUUGCUUGGGAGACGUUGCAGGAGGAGUUUGCCCGUUUCAUGGCAGAAUACAAAGGGAAAGACCAGGAUGACAUCUUUGAUAAACUUAAGGAAGCUGUCAAAGAUGAGAGCAUUAAACGACACAAGUGGAAUGAAACAGCCAUGGACAGCUUGAGAGUGAUUCAACACAACGCUUUGGAGGAUCGUUCUAUCACAGACAAGCCCCAGUGGGACGCUGCUAUUCAGUUCAUGGAGGAAACGCUACAGUCUCGCCUUAAAGACACUGACUCGGUAAUAGCAGAUAUGGUGGGGCCAGACUGGAAGCAGAGGUGGUUGAGCUGGAAAAAUCGAACACCAGAGCAGCACAUCCGUAAUGAAACUAAAAACGAGCUAGAGCGUCUGUUGAAGCUGCAUGAAGAUCACACAGCUUACCUGGCCAAUGAUGAGGUCACUACAGUACGCAAAAACCUGGAGGGCCGAGGAGUGGAGGUGGACCCUGUACUGAUCAAGGACACAUGGCACCAGCUCUAUCGACGCCACUUUCUGCAAAAGGCAUUAUCACAUUGUAACCUCUGCCGGCGAGGUUUCUACUAUUACCAGAGACACUUUGUAGACUCUGAGCUUGAGUGCAAUGAUGUGGUUCUGUUUUGGAGGAUCCAGAGGAUGUUGGCCAUCACAGGCAAUACUCUUCGACAACAGCUCACUAACACCGAAGUGCGGCGCUUGGAGAAGAAUGUUAAAGAAGUAUUAGAGGACUUUGGAGAGGACAAUGAGAAGAAAGUCCAGCUGAUCACAGGCAGGAGGGUUCAGUUGGCAGAAGACCUCAAAAAAGUACGUGAAAUUCAGGAGAAACUUGAAGCCUUCAUUGAAGCUCUUCACAAAGAGAAAUAGAGCAGAUCAUCUUGUUUCUGGACAGUCAUGCCCUUAGAGAAGAAAAUGCACUGAUUAAAUACAACAUCAUUUUUGCUCUUUGCCCUUCUAAAAUGACUUUCUUCCUAGCUUCUCGUCUUCACUUUUUUUAACGUAUCUCCUCACACACACAUGCACACACUCACUGUUCCCCCUUAACAACAGUUAAAGUUAGUGAAGUGAGCUGGAGUCCCUUUACAUUUGCUGCAUAUUUAUUCAGUGUUGGAGAAAAAGCACUUACUUGGCUAAAGAUGGCAUGUGUCAGAGUGCCAUGCUUUAUUCUUACUUCCUCCAGUGCUUAAAAGCCACCAAUGUGUUCACCAGACAUGUUCUCGGAGAAACCAGUCAGACAGACAUGCACAUACAUCUUCUCCCAUCCCUCCUUCCCAAUAAAUGGCUUUGUCCGGGUCUCUCUUUCCCCUGACUUUCUUUAUUAAUUAAGGUGAUGCUUAUGGAUAAUCCACAUGGUAAAGUGCAUCUGUUAUUGAUUGGCCUUGCUGUGAAUAGAGAAAAUGUUCAAAAAUGUCUUAUCACUAAUUGCCGCCUUUGUUCAUCAUUUGGAGCUGGGAUUUUACAACAUUUAGACAAAAUCUCUCUUAUGACAUAUUCACAGUUAGGGAGGGCAGUUAAAAUUAUACGACUUAACAUCUUACCGAUAGACCACCAUAUAAAUCCUUUGUAGUUAUUUUGUAGAAUCUGAUAUUAAUAGUACAGUAGAUCUCAUCUGCACCUCAUUGUUACCAUUUGUUUGUAGUCACAAGAUGCAAAACAUAGAGACAUUACGUCAUCUGCUCUCACAAAUGAAUGAAAAUGCAAUGGCAUAUCUGUUCCAUUACAUUGCUCUACAGAACAUUUCCUCACUUUGUUUUUCUUUCUUUCAAAAUCAAAUCUUUCAAAGAUUUUCAUCAGUCAUCUUCAGCUUUAGUGCACUUUUAUUUUUUGCUUGCACAUUUUAUAUCUCGCAUCCUCUAAUUUUUGUGGUCUGAUUGGGUUUUAUAUAAAAUCCACUUUCAUGUCCUGAUAAUUUUGAGUGUAAGGGACACAACACCUUUGUUCCUGGUUGCUCAAAAAUGUAAAUGGGUAAAUAUAUAUGUACUUGUAAAGUAUCCUUAAGUUCAUUGAAGUCAUGGAUCUGUUGUCACAACGGGAAAAUAUAUGAGUGUAACAAAAUAUCUGUGGGUAGAUUUGAGAAUGUUUCCCCCCUUUUGUUGUAGAUUGUAAUGUUUGCAUGUUGUACCCAAACAGAUGUGGUUUAUUUAUUAAAUUGGUGUUUAAAAAAGUAAUAAUAAAAGUGACUUAAAGUAUGUUAAA